AUGUGCUCCCAUCCCUUCAUCCCCCCUCAUGUGGUCCCAUCCCCUCAUCCCCCCUCAUGUGCUCCCAUCCCCUCAUCGCCCCUCAUGUGCUCCCAUCCCUUGAUCCCCCCUCAUGUGCUCCCCUCCCCUCAUCCCCCCUCAUGUGCUCCCAUCCCCUCAUCCCCCCUCAUGUGCUCCCAUCCCCUCAUCCCCCCUCAUGUGCUCCCAUCCCCUCAUCCCUCCCCAAUGUUUCCCAUCCCUCCCCACCCCUGCCCAUCCGUCCCUCCCCACCAUGCAUCAGCAACUGCAAGCCCUGCAGCCGUAGCUGGCAUCCACGGAGCAGCGUUGCAGGGUGUCACACACAGUGGCAGCACCGGGAAGGCAGGCCCAUCCUCCUAUUCCCCCUCAUGCCUCCAUCCGCCCAUACCCCCCCACCACCUGUUCUCCAUGCAUCAGCACUUGCAAGCCCUGCAGCCCUUUGGGCUGGCGGGAACCACUCUGGCAGGUGUCGCUCUCACAGGCGAUGUUCAGGCGGGUUUCCUGCACACAGCUGCCAUGCACGGAGCAGCGCUACAGAGCUUCAGGCGUUUCAGCAGCGGUAGCACCAAUAGCGGCAACAUCAACGCCACACACACACGGCUGACAAUAGUGAGAGUUUGGCAAAAGGGGCGGCCAGGCUGGAGGCGUGGACGAGGGGGGAUGGCCGGUGAUGGGUGGAAUGCGGUGAUGGGGGUGUGCCAGGGAGGGGAACGCAUGCCACACUGCCACAGGUGGGUGCUGUGUGGAUGGUUGGUUGGUGGAUGGUUGCUGGGUGGGCGUUUGCUGUAUGGGUGGGUGGGUGGGUGGUGCGUGGUUGGUGGGUGGCCAGUGGUUGGGGGAGUAAGGUGGUGGGGGUGUGCCAGGGAGGGGGACGCAUGCCACACUGCCACAGGUGGGUGCUGGGUGGGUGGUUGGUGCGUGGAUGGUGGAUGGUUGAUCUGCGAUUCAGUGGUGGUGGCGAAGAUGCUAGGCGCGACCCUGGUGCUGCCGCUGCUUGAUAACUCCUCCUGGUGGGCUGACGGCAGCACACUUCCCAACAUGUUUGACGCGCCCCACUUCAUCCGCACGCUCUUCCAUGCCCAGGCGUGUCCUGAGUCAACUAAAACACACACCCCUCCACUACCUCAUCUUUCAUCCCUUCCCCCUCCUCCACCCACCCCCCCAAUCAGCACAUUCUCCGACGUGUUUGACGCGCCUCACUUCAUCCGCACCCUCGCCCCCUUAGUGAGGGUGGAGCCACUCCUGCCUGCUGCACUCACAACACACCUUUUCACCCCCUCACAUCCCGCUCCCCCUCCCAUCAGCACAUUCUCCGACGUGUUUGACGCGCCUCACUUCAUCCGCAACCUCGCCCCCUUAGUGAGGGUGGAGCCACUCCUGCCUGCUGCACUCACAACACACCUUUUCACCCCCUCACAUCCCGCUCCCCCUCCCAUCAGCACAUUCUCCGACGUGUUUGACGCGCCCCGCUUCAUCCGCACGCUCGCCCCCUCAGUGCGCGUGGUGCCAAGCCUGCCUGCCACGCUCAAAGACCUGCCCCCGGUGGUGCGCACGGUGCCCAAAGCCUCUUCUCCAGACUAUUAUCUGAAACACGUGCGCCCCCUCAGUGCGGGUGGUGCCACGUCUACCUGCCACGCUCAAAGACCUGCCCCUGUCGUGCGCACGGUGCCCAAAGCCUCCUCGCCCGACUAUUACCUGAAGCACGUGCGCCCACUUAUAAGCUGGGUGGCCUCAGGUGCCCCUCAUCAGGUGGGUGGCCUCAGGUGCCCCUCAUCAGGUGGGUGGCCUCAGGUGCGCCUCAUCAGGUGCCCCUCAUCAGGUGGGUGGCCUCAGGUGCCCCUCAUCAGGUGGGUGGCCUCAGGUGCGCCUCAUCAGGUGGGUGACCUCAGGUGCCCCUCAUCAGGUGGGUGGCCUCAGGUGCCCCUCAUCAGGUGGGUGGCCUCAGGUGCCCCUCUCAGGUGGGUGGCCUCAGGUGCCCCUCAUCAGGUGUUGAAGCUGAACCAUUUCAAGUUCAAGCUUAACUAUAGCCUUCCAGCACCUCUCCAGAAGCUGCGCUGUAAAGCCAACUACGAGGCACUUCGCUUCGUGCUAGUCACUCGAGCCGUGGCCCGUCUCACCCACGCGCUCACGCACCCCUCCCCCCUCGCCGCCUAUGCUUCCAUUGUCCCUGGCUCUCCUGCUGCUGCUCCUUCUGCUGGUAGUCGUGCUGGUGCUGCUGCUCCUGUUGGUGCCAGUGGUGGUCCAGCUGCUGCUGCGACAAGUUGCGGAGGUGCAGGGCAUGGGCCACAAGUGCAGGGGCAGCAGGCGGUUCAGAUGGGACAGCAGGAGCAGAGGGAGCAGAGUGAGGUGGUGGGAGGGAGUGGGGAGGCAGUCAAGUACGAGCCCGACAUGCUGGCAUUCACCGGGUGCGACUAUGGCGGAGGGAGAAAGGAGAGGAAACUUUUCGAGAGGAUCAGGAAGAGGUGGCUGGAACUGCCCCGACAGGACCCCAAGCAGCAGAGGGCCAAGGGCAAGUGCCUCGUCACUCCCCCGCAGGCGCUGGGCUUCCCCCCAUCAAUGCGACUCUACAUCGCCUCGGGCGAGCUCCAUGGGGGGGGCUCCACUCUGCGCCCUCUCUCAACGCCCCCCCACUCCUUCCCCCUCUCCUCCUUGUUUCCCAGGUGGCAGUUGCGCUACAAGCCCUGGGAUUUCCCCCUUCCACCCGUCUCUACAUCGCAUCGGGUGGCAGUGGCCCUACAAGCGUUAGGUUUCCCCUCAUCCACGCGCCUCUACAUCGCUUCGGGUGAGCUGCACGGGGGGCCCUCCGCCCUGCAACCUCUCCUCAAGGCCUUCCCCUUUGCGACCGACAAAUACUCCCUCGCUCGCUCCCUCGCUUUUGCUGGGGAAAAGGAGGGCAAGGUGGCCGACAGGGAUGGGUCAAGAUGGGAAGGGGGAGAGAUUGGAGCAGCAGAGGGUGUAGCGGCAGAGUGGGGAAGGGGGGGAGACGAGGAAGGGGGAGAUGAGGAAGGGGGAGUCGGGCGGGGGGUAUUGGAGGGGCUGCAAGGGAGGAAGACGCUGCUGGCGGCAGUGGACUAUGAGAUGUGCCGGCGAGGGCACAUGCUGGUGCUGAACAACAACGGCAACAUGGCUCACCUGCUCUCGGGGCACAAAAGUACGACAGAUGGACAGCACGGUGCGGUGCAGAUGCUUGGUUCAUCCAUCCUUCUUUAA